AUGGCAGAGGGAGGCUGUGCGAAAACAGAGGAGGAGGAGGGGCAGGCCACUGAGGAAGACCCUCAGUUGUACCAUGGCGUGGGCAUGUGCAAGUGGUUCAAUGUACGGAUGGGCUUUGGAUUCCUGUCCAUGACCACACGAGAUGGUGUGCCUUUAGAAACUCCAGUCGACGUGUUUGUCCACCAGAGUAAACUGUACAUGGAGGGUUUCCGCAGUCUGAAGGAGGGCGAAGCUGUUGAAUUCACGUUCAAAAAAUCGUCCAAGGGUCUUGAGUCUCUGCGAGUCACUGGACCUGGAGGAGCACACUGUGUGGGCAGCGAGAGGAGACCCAAAGGCAAGAGUGUCCAGAAACGCCGGUCCAAAGGAGACAGGUGUUACAAUUGUGGCGGUCAGGACCAUCAUGCCAAGGAGUGCAAGUUGCCUCCCCAACCUAAAAGAUGCCAUUUCUGCCAAAGCGUGAUGCACAUGGUUGCCAACUGCCCUGUGAAAGCUCAGCAGUCAUCGCAGCGGUCUCAGGGAAAGUCGUCCUCUGGCACAGGGGAGAAAGCAGAGCACAAUUAUUCUCCACCAACCACUGGGAGCGCUGACUGA